UUGACGGUGAAUACUGAAUCGUGAUCAUUUCAUGUCGGGAGAAUAACUCGAUUCGACCGCGACUUUUCUUUUUAAGUAGCCUUUUAUCCUUAUGGAGAACACUACUGAAUUGAAUUAUCAAGUUCAAGAUCAAGAGAAAAGAGGAUGACGAAGAGGAAACAAGAAGGGAAUCGGAGGGAGGAUAGAGGGGAGGUGGAGAAGGGAGAAGCGCUGAUAUUACACGCUACUAGUUCUAGGGCUUGGAAUUCCGCCUAGCUAGGCCCCUAGUAUUAGUUUUGCUGGCAAGAUAACCAGUUACAACGAUAACGAUGAUAUGCAUUUCAAUCGUCUUCUCUGUCGAAGAUUCUCAAAUGUGACUCAAUCAGUUCUGUCAUCGUCGUCAUUGGUAAACGCCAGGAUCCGGGCCUUUGUUCAACAAGGACUCUACUCCGAAGCCUUGCAAUUGUUAUACUCCAACAACUACCAAAGUAACAGUAAUAGCAGUCCAUCAUCACACUCUUCUCCCAUACCCGACAAGUUCACCUUUCCUUCUCUUCUCAAAGCCUGUGCUGCCCUCUCUGAUAUCCGUAAUGGACGGCAGAUCCACGCCGCUAUCAUCGCUUUGGGUCUGCAAUUCGAUCCCUAUAUCGCCACCUCUCUCAUCAACAUGUAUGUAAAAUGCGGAUCCAUCUCCAGUGCAUCCCAAGUGUUCGCUGCAAUCUCCGAGUCCGAGGUUGAAGCUUCAGUAAGAGACGUCUCCCUCUGGAACUCCAUAAUUGAUGGGUACUUCAGGUUCGGUCGCAUCGAUGACGGUCUCUUCCAGUUUCGCCGGAUGCAAUCCUUGGGUGUAAGACCCGAUGCCUACUCCCUUAGUAUCCUCCUAGGCAUUUGUAAUAAUCCAUCAAAUCUUGCGGAAGGGACGCAAAUUCACGCCUACAUUCUUGCUCGCAACAUGUUUGGUAAUGACCCGUUCUUGCAAAGCGCAUUAAUAAAUAUGUAUUCAAAAUGUCACCGACCGUUAGAGGCGUGGAUGGUGUUUGAUAUGUUGGAAGAUAAGACUAAUGUGGUAAUCUGGAAUGCGAUGAUUGGUGGCUUCUGUGAGAACGAGUUGUGGGAGAAGAGUUUGGAAUAUUUUGCACUUGUCAAGAAAGAGAAUUUCAGGUUGGGUUCGUCAACAGUUUCAAGUGUCUUGUCAGCAUGUUCUCAGGGCGAGUAUACAGAUUUUGGGAGGCAGGUUCAUUGCGAUGCUAUCAAGAUGGGUCUUGAAGGGCAUCCUUAUGUCUGUACUUCUCUUCUCACCAUGUAUGCAAGAUGUGGGCUUAUAGAAGAUUCGGAGGAAAUUUUUAAUCACAUACUUGACAGAGAAAUUGAGUUAUGGAAUGCAAUGAUUUCAGCUUAUAUCAUUAACGAUUGCAUUGAACAAGCAUUAGAUGCUUACAAAGAGAUGAGAUUACUUGGGUUAACUACUGAUUCUUUCACAAUAUCUAAUAUUUUGUCAGCUUGUAGUCUGCUUGAUUUAUAUGAUCUGGGAAGAAACAUCCAUGGGGAGCUGAUAAAAAGAUCGGUACAGAGUAGUGUGGCUGUACAGAGUGCUCUGCUGACAAUGUACGCAAAAUGUGGGAGCACCGAGGAUGCUUGUUCCGUUUUUAGUUCAAUUGAGAAAAAAGAUACUGUUUCUUGGUGUUCUAUGAUGUCAGGGUUAUGCCAAAAUGGGAAAUUUGAGGAAGCUCUGAAUUUCUUCAGUGGUAUGGUGGGUGAAGGAAUAAAACCAGAUUCCGUACUUAUGGCUACUGUAGUAAAUGCCUGUGUUGGACUUGAGAACGUAGAGCUGGGUUGCGGGUUCCAUGGAUUUAUCAUCAAGGGUGGGAUGGUAUCAGAUGUAUUUGUUGGCAGUGCCCUUAUAGAUGUGUAUUCUAAAUGUGGUUUGCCGGACAAAGCUGAAAGCAUAUUCUCAGACAUGCCACACAAGAAUUUGGUGGCUUGGAAUUCACUGAUCACCUGCUACUGCCGGAACAAUCUUCCAGGGCUGGUCAUUAGUCUUUUUCCUCAAAUUCUGCAGUAUGGUCUGACUCCAAACUCUGUAUCUAUCGCCAAUACCCUUGUUGCAGUUUCGUCAAUUGCAAUAUUGAUCAAAGGAAAAGCUUUACACGCUUAUCAGUUAAGACUUGGGAUUCAGUCGGAUCUUCAUGUUGGAAAUGCAUUAAUCGAUAUGUAUAUCAAGUGUGGAUGCUUAACAUAUGCACAGCGGAUUUUUGAAAGCAUGCCGAUGAGAAACAUAAUAACAUGGAAUUCAAUGGUUGGAGGCUAUGGAUCUCAUGGGGAGGGCUCAAAAGCGAUUGAAUUAUUUGAUGAUAUGCAAGGAUUGGGGGUAUUGCCGGAUGAGGUUACUUUCCUUGCCCUAAUCUCAUCUUGUAGCCAUUCGGGUUUGACCGAAGAGGGCCUUUGUUUAUUCCAGUCGAUGAAAAGAGACUAUGCCAUUGAACCCAGAAUGGAACAUUAUGUAAAUAUGGUCGACCUAUGGGGCCGUGCUGGACACCUGACCGAAGCUUAUGGUUUCAUCCAGAGCAUGCCGAUUGAACCUGACAUGAGUGUUUGGUUAUGCUUGUUAUCUGCCUGUCGAGCUCAUGGUAAUAUAGAACUUGGAGAAAUAGCAGCCUCUAACCUAUUAAAAAUGGAGCCCAGCAGAGGCAGCAAUUAUACCCAGUUAUUGAAUUUGUACAGAGAGGCAGAGCUUUGGGACAAGGCAGCAAAUUUAAGGGUGUCGAUGAAAGAGAAGGGAUUGAAGAAGAGCCCCGGAUGCAGUUGGAUCGAGGUAAGAAAUGGGGUUGAUGUUUUCUUCUCAGGGGAUUCAUCGUCUCCAAGGACAGUUGAGGUCUGUGAGACAUUGUGGAGUCUGAAGAGAAACAUGGAAAGGGAAACAGAGCUUUCAUUAAAUUGUUACGUUUAAGACAGUUGAGGUCUGUGAGAAUUGAAAGAAAAUACAAUUCCUUCGAUGCAGCUCACUGAAAAGGGUAAAUAAAUAUUUUCACCAGAACGAUAACGGUUCAUAAAGGGUUUGCCAUCCGAACACAGAAUUCCAACUUCUAAGAGUGCCAUCUCCAUUGGAUAGACUAUUUUCUUAACCAUUGUCAUUCUUACAUUGAGAAAGUGAGAGUAGACUGAUACUUGCUGUUGUCAAAAUGUCAAAUUGCACAGAUUUUCGUUCAUGGAGGAGGUAUCAAGGAAAAGCAUUUGAUGUUCUUGAAAGGCAGGCUUCCUGAUGAGAUCCUAUUUGUUCUAAAACCACAAUAGCCUUCAUGGCUGGAAAUCCAUCAACAACA